ACUGUUUCUUCAUUACUUAGGUCUUGGUUAAAUAGCCAAUAAUGAUUAACUUGUGCCGAACUGAAUAACUCCCUUAACUCUAAGCACUGAUGCAGUCAUUUAAUUCCUGACAAAAUGUGUACGAGGUAUCUUGGAUUUUUUCUGCUGGUGUGGUUUCCUGGAAUGCUUCAUGCACAAAGUGCAGCGGAGCCUUGUAGUGCUCCCAGCCUGAAUGGUGGAUAUUCUGUCCCUGACGAAGAAACAUAUCCUCAUGAAUCAAAGCUCUUGUAUUCCUGUGAUAAUGGACUUAAACCAGCCGUGGAGGGCUGGUGGGCAACAAGCACCUGUGAAAAUGGAAAAUGGUCUCAUGAUCCACAGUGUAUAAAUGAAACAUCCUGCCUUCCACCAACUACUCCCAACGCAGUAUACAAUGUAAAUCCAGAGGGCUGGUAUGAGGAGGGAGAUAAAAUAAGGAUAAAAUGUCUGGAAGGAUACGAACACAAAGACAGACACGCCACAGCUGUAUGUCAGAAUGGAGCAUGGCCCUCUCUACCGGUCUGUGAGAGAAGUAUCGAAUCAUGCAGUGAGCCUCCUAAGAUGCCUCAUGCAGUCAUCAUCAAUAUGAAAUCCCAAGAGGUGUUUGCUGAAGGUUCACAACUGUUGUAUGAAUGUGAAGAUGGAUUUACAACAGACGGGGAAGAAGAGAAGAAAAUCUAUUGUCUGUAUGGAAACUGGACUAAAGGCAGCCCGUGUAGACCUUCUUCCAGCACUGGGUCAAAUGAGGGCGACAGUGGAACUUUUCAGUCAAUUUCAGUUGACAAAUGUGGACGAUUUCCCCUAGUUGAAAAUGGCAUCCCAACAGAAAAUGGCCGACUUUCUUUGAAAUACACCUGUAAUGAUUUUUACAAACUAGUGGGUCCACCUAUAGUGGUGUGUUACAGAAACGGCAUGUGGUCAGACGUACCCAUUUGCAAAGAUACCUCCUGUCGUGUUGACACCACUAGGUAUCCUGAAUUAAAACCUGCUGGAAUUAAAAUAUUAAGGGAUGGUGAGACAAUGGAAUUGGCUUGUACAGAUGUGUGGACUUUUGAUAACUUUUCCAAGUUCAGCUGCAAAAAUGGAAGAGUGGAGUCAACCGAAUGUUGUAACCGGGCCCAGUUUCGACUGGGUAUCUGUUGAGGUGAAGAGACGGCUGCCUUUGGAUCUGCUCACCGACUAAAAACAAAAGCUAGUGUGAAAGCUUUUAGGAGACGACCAUGUCAUGAUUGCACUUCCACACCCCGUGUUUACUUUUCACUCUGAUUUGUGAAUAUCUACACAACGUGGGAGCAAACUGUAUGUGUGCAGAAUUAAAAUCCACCUUUUGCUGGG